ACCGGGUCAAGUCAAGGGCCAAGUGCCGCCAUAAUACAUCGCCUAACGACACUCUCAUCCGCGAAUAGACUUGACUCUUACAGCUACUGAUUCAACGUACGUCCCAAAACCUGGCUAUAAACUCUCGAGAUUCAAUUGCAUUGCAAAGGGCACCCAGGCACUUGACGAUUAGGACAGUAUACUGACCCUUAUCAUCAUCUCGAACUCACACCACAACCACAAUCUUUUCUCGCAGGAAUGGGGUUUACUCAACUACCCGUUGAACUGGUCUUCUACAUCCUUGAACUCAUCAACUCUGGUUACGGAUGCUGCCAUGACGAAUUUAGCCCACACUCGAAGUACGAGGGACAUGUGGGUACUUACAGAGAUGUUGCCGCGUUUGCGCGGGUAUCUUCCGCAUACAAGGACGCCGCUUACAACGUCCUCUAUCACACAUUGCCUGCAAUCGCUCCCGAAUUCCUUGCAUCUGCGACAUCAGACACAUUGAAAUUCAUUCGUUCAAUCAACAUGGACCUCAGGCUGGCCUCAGCAUCGGAUUUAUACUUCACGGCGUCCACACGUCUCCAGAAUGUGGUACACUACCACUUCAUACUGACUUGCGACCAUAUCUCCAAUGCCAUUGAUCUGAUGCGUGGCAUGAGUAGUGUUCGUCAUCUCGAAAUCACUUUCAUUCCCUCCAAUUCCCACCUGUCAAGGGAAUGCGGUACUCUCCACUUUCCCUUCCUCGCUGAACUAUCCUUUCAUUCCUUUCCGGCGGCGGCCAUACCUGAGGUUUUUCUCGAUAUACUCAAAGUACAUGCUCCACAACUGCGUCGCCUUACUUUAUCUUUGCACGGCGAAGUCGAUCCGCAAUUGUCCAAUGUAUUCAAAGGACUUUCGUGGCCUUUGUUGGAGCAUCUGGAGGUGGAUGCAAUCACAGCGGUCAUCAUCGACGCGCUACGGAUGGCUAAGAAUAUCCGAUCCUUCAAGUGUAGUCAGGACACACCAGGUGUUGUAUCCUUGCCAGACGACAUAUUACCUCGCUUAGAGAUUGUGCAAACUCCCCCUAAACAAAUUGCGUCGUUCUUCGCUACCCAGCGACAAAUCCGUAUCGUCAUUCUCAACAUUUCUCACUUCAAUUUCAGCGGUACUCUUAACAACCUCAUGCGCGUCCCUUCAGAAAGCGUCCGAACGCUUACCUUCGAUUGCAGUCUAUGUGAAAGGUUUAUCGCGUGCAAUAUAACACCUAUCUGGCACCACUCGAUAAUGCCUGGCGUGGAGAUGCUGACAUUCAAUUUCCGCACAACAUGGCCAGUCAAGUACAAGCAACUGACGAAAUUUGGAGAUCUAUACCUCUCACGAUUUCCGUCUCUCCGUCAGCUGGUCAUCUCACGUGGAAUUGACUACGUGAUAUGUCGAAGAAGAACGGUGGCUCGUGCUCAAUUCCAGCAAAGGGUACUGGAGAAAUGGCUUCAGAACUGCCCUAAUCUGCAGAAAGUUACGUUCUAUGAUGACCCUGAAUGCGCGGAGUGGAUUGUGAGAGAUGGACAAUGGGUGCUCCUCUGAACUACGCGCUGUCGUUGUGCAUUGAAUCAGUUUUUUUACUUCAUCAUAUGCGCUCGCUCACACGCAAUCAUGUGGAAGUCUGGCUAUUUUGUUAGGUCCCGUAUCCUCGUGCCGAAACAAAUGUAUCAUCAUCUCUCAAGAGUUUAGACAGCAGUUGGAUGUUCUUGUAUCUAAAGCAUUUCGAAGACUGAUUCACUCUGGAUUACUGCGCUGUGCAGACGUGUGCAUCACUGGAAAUCACCGCAGUAGAGACAGCUAAGGUCUCUGUCGCGAUGGAACGGCUGACUUUUAAAUUACAUGGGAUUCGUCGAAGGAGCCAACGCAAUAUCAACUUUUGAAGGUCACAUCCCUUUAACAAUACCAGAGCCGCCCUCUUUUGGAUCCUUAUUCACAGCAACUCCAAUAGCGCACCUCAAAAUAACACAGCGCUGGAUUC